CACGCGAACAGCCAAGCCGCUAACGUGACCUAGGACGAGACAGAUUUACACCGCGCUUACUUCUCUGAGUGUCACACGCUUGGGCAGCUCCACCGCCAAACAGCGGUAUGAAGCUAAGCGUAUCUGCGUUCAGGGCACACCAUUCAGCCCAAAAGAAGAUUUUGAGCACUUAUCAUUCGAGUUUGAAUUAUGGAGCGACGUCUUCCGCCUCAAAUCAGCAGCCAUCUUCAGUCGGGUUGCACAGUCGUGAUCCGCCUGCAAGCGUGGCGGCCUCAAUGAUGGUGGAUAAGAGCGGGGUGGGUCCGGACGGGGGCGACCCAGCUGAUCCGGACUCGGAGUUGCGAAACAAUGACGACGUUUGCCUCGACAUCGACCAGAGCCCCUCUCCUUCUACGCCUAAAAACGAGGAAGGAGGGGGGAUGGAUAAGAACCAGGGUAACAGAACGAAGAGUAAUCAGAGGUGGUUGAAGUUGAGGACAACAGUUCAGCUGUCUGGUGCCAUUUCCACCAUCCAGAAAAAGCCGCCAUUGAAGAGAGAAGACUCAUUCUUGAAGCGAUUUUCCACCAGGCAGAUCCCUGAGACACAGGAGACAAUGGAUACCGGCGAGGAUGGGGACGGGGAAGGGGGAGCCUAUUCACAAAAUGGCGCCCGCAGCUUCCUGCAGAGACGUCGCCACAGACGCAAACACACACGUCUGUCCAGAACCGUUGUGAAUCCGGAUGAGAACUUCUACUUCUACUGGCUUUUCCUUCUGACACUUUGUGUGCUGUACAACUUAUGGACGCUGAUUGUUCGGGAGAGUUUUCCCGAGCUUCAGAAAUUGGGAUCGAGAGUCUGGUUUGCCUGUGACAUCUUCAGUGAUGUCAUUUACCUGUGCGACAUCGUCGUGCAGUUCCGCACCGGGUACCUGGAGCAAGGCCUCAUGGUCUAUGAUUACAAGAAGCUGGCUCGUCACUACGUCUGCUGCAGAGCGUUUUUUUUAGAUUGCACCUCCCUCACUCCGCUCGAUCUGUUCCAGUACCACAUGGGCACCCAUCCGAUGCUUCGCUUUCCACGCUUUUUGAAGGUUUACCGGGUAUACGACUACUAUUAUAUGGUGGAAUCUCGCACUGUUUAUCCGAAUCUGUGGAGAGUAAUCAACCUGAUCCACAUCUUGCUGAUCCUGGCACAUUGGUUUGGCUGCUUCUACUAUCUGCUAUCAGAAGCGGAGCGGUUCCAAGGAGAUUGGGUCUACCCAUAUAGACCGGGAGAAUAUGCAACCCUCACACGGAAAUAUCUUGGAUCUUUGUAUUGGUCAACUCUGACGCUAACAACUAUAGGCGAUCUUCCAACUCCUGAAACAAACGCUGAUCGCGUUACGACGGAUGGCCUUCAAAUGCUCCCCAGGCGGGGACACAAAUCGCGUCUCCUCCAGUUUAAAAAUAACAGAGGGUAUAUCUUCACAAUCGUGAGCUAUUUGAUUGGAGUCUUCAUUUUCGCUACAAUUGUUGGGCAAGUUGGAAACGUGAUCACCAACCGCAAUGCGAAUCGUUUGGAGUUUGAGAGAUUGCUGGACGGAGCAAAGACCUACAUGAGACACCAUAAAGUCCCCGGAGGAAUGAAGAGAAGAGUGCUUAGAUGGUAUGACUACUCCUGGUCAAGAGGACGAAUUCAAGGAGGGGGUGACAUAAAUACUGCUCUAGGUCUUCUACCAGAUAAACUCAAAACGGAAUUGGCUCUUCAUGUGAAUCUGAGUGUUCUCAAAAAGGUUACCAUUUUUCAAGAAUGCCAACCGGAAUUCCUGCAUGACUUAGUAUUGAAAAUGAAAGCAUUCAUUUUCACUCCUGGAGAUUUGAUCUGCCGCAAAGGAGAGGUCGCAAGAGAAAUGUUUAUCAUUGCCGAUGGAAUUCUUGAAGUCAUGAGUGAAACUGGACGCGUAUUAACCACUAUGAAGGCUGGAGAUUUCUUUGGAGAAAUUGGGAUUUUAAACUUGGAUGGCUUGAAUAAACGAACGGCAGAUGUGAGAUCUGUAGGCUACUCAGAGCUGUUCAGUCUUUCCCGUGAGGAUGUUCUGGCUGCCAUGACGGACUAUCCAGAGGCUGAGGCAAUUUUACACAGCUUGGGAAGAAAAAGAUUAAUGGAAGCUAGGAAUGUGAACAGGAAUUUGAGGAACCUGGAUAACCGAAAUGAGAAGAGCUUUGGAAGGAGUUUCUCUCCGGAUCCACAUAAUAGUCGGGCCAGUAAACGGAUAGUGCAACGGCUUAGAAGUGAUGUGAGGGGGCUUAAAAAUGUUCUCAGGAAGAGUAGACGAGGUGGAAGGUCAAAAGAUGAAUCAUUGGAACUGCAGCCGCUAACCAGUCUACAGGAUCAAGCUGCCUCAAGCUCUGGUAAAGGUUUACUGAACAGAAUGCCCAACGUUUGGAGUGAUGAGACAUCACAAGAGGACGAACCAACUGCAGCAGCAUCCAAUGAUGGCCAAGAAGUUAUUGGAGCAGGCUUACCACUUCUUCAAAGAUUGAAACUCCUCCGAGAGAAGGAAGCUGCUCAGGCUGCAGCAGCAGCAGCAGCAACAGGGGCCACAAGUGCUGCACCAAUUCCUUCGUCAUCAUCCUCCACGGCACUAGCCGAUGACAAAAAAGACGUUGAACCAGGACAUAGUCAACUGCCAUUGCUGCAAAGAUUGGCUCAACUAAAAACCAAGGAUGACAAACCUCUAGUCCCUGAAUCUAAGACUUCAUCUACAACUGUCAGAACUCAACAAAAGGCCACCCCAAUGUCGAAAAUAUUAAAGACAUCCAAAGAUGAUGGGAAAUUCGGUAUCAAUAUCAGUGAUAAGCCUGACAAAGGGAAUGUAACUUGGAGUGGAGCUAUCCCGAAACGUUACAGUACUGAUGAAUCACGCCGCAACCAAGAGACUGAUACACAACCUACAUUAGAAAUCAAACCAAGACACAUUGAGCAAAUCUCAACUGUUAGAAUCCCAUCUGCUUUCGGUAACAAAACAUCAACAUGGAAAGUACUGAAAAAGGUUGCUAUUCAUGACCCUCCAAAGACUAAACAACCUGUUCCACGACCAACUGAAGGUUUGCCAAUUGAUGAUGAACCACCCACUGGUCAAUCAGCUCCAUCUUUCUCACAAGCUCAGAGUCAACCAGAUACUGAUAAAAAAGAUGGAAGAGGCCAAGAAGUAACCAAGAAUGGUGACCAAGAAACUAGUAGCAAGGGGAAAGGACAAGUAGAACCUCAAUUUGCUCAAGCCAAAAAUAAAGCUCAAACUUUAUCAGUACAGUGUGACGACUAUUUCAAGCCUAGCUCCAUCAAUAGAAAUAAAAUCGGCAUAGAUGCUCAUGAUCUACCGGAUACAUCACAGAAAAUUGGUCCCAGCUCAAAACUAAGAGUCAGAUUGGUUAAUAAGCCAGAAAGUGGUAGAAUGCGCCAUGCUCAGUCUUGCGAUUUUCCUCCAGGAACAUCAAAGACCUGUAGCUUCGGACAAGGAAGGCAGAUGAUUUCCAAUGUUCGAAUGCAGAAUAGAACAGACAAUGAGCAGGAUACACAGGUCAGGAGUCAAAGUUUGGAUUCUUGUGGGUCUUCAGUUAAAGAGGAUGGGUCUAGAGCAAAGAAGGUUGAUGACACCGCAGGUUUUGAGACUCGACCUGAAAGUUCCAAUCUGCAGGAGAGCAGCGAAGAUAUCGAACUAUUCAAUAGAGCUAAAGCAAAGUCACCAGAAAGUAACGAGACUGCAGAAAGACAGAAUUUAAAGAGCAUCUUGAAGAAAUUGUCAUCAUCUUCACUCCUACAAGGUAAUAGCGAUGAGGAUAAUGGCGCAUCUCCUCCCGUCGCGCAGAACGGGUGUGAGUUGAAGAAACUGAUGCGUGCACAAACAGUGGAAGGAUAUGCAGCUCGCCAUAGCAAGCUCACAAAGAGUGUCACAUUCAACCGUGACACGUUGCAAUCACCCCCUCACGAAGAUAGCACUACUCCAGGCAGCCAAUUUCAUUUUCCCAAACAUCCAACCCAAAUUUCUCAAGAGGAAAAGCGAGAAAUUCAAAAACCAACUAGAACAGAACCUCUGAAUGAUAGCACAAACGAAUCUGAAGAGUACGGCGAUGAAUCCAAAGUAUCAGCUAUAGAUGAUUUGCAACUAGGGUAUAAGAUGAUAUCUGAUCAACUGACCAACGAAGAGAACGAUCAAAAUGAGCACAUAUCACCGAAAUUGAUUCAGGGAAAUAUCAUUGAAAAACCAAUAGAUAAGAACUAUUUCCGUUCAAGUCCAUUGCUAAUGAAACGAAUGAGCAAAGAAGAGGAAUGCUUCGGCGACGUUCUCUCGGGCAUAAAACAUGUCAUUCAAGACCAAUUGGAAGAUUUUCAAUCGAAAUUUCUCAAUAAAUUUAAUGAUUUGGAAAUGGAAGUCAAGAAGAGAGAUGACAUAAUUUGCAGGUUGCAGACAAGGAUACAAGAGCUUGAGGAGAACGAUCCUCAAGAGAAUGGCGACAGCUCAGAUAAUGAUCAACCAUUUUUGCGAGGCGAUUCUGUGGAUACGGUUAUCCGCUCAUCACCAAAACUGAGUAGCGCGAGAUCCUGGGAGGAGCCAUUGGAAGAGGAAUUUGUGGAAGCUGAGGAAGAGACUGCGGGGAUUAGAAACAACGUACCUAUUAUACCCCAUGUACCCAACGUACCAGUACCCAAUGUACCUCCUCUCCUCACCAUGUGGGGAAGCACAAACAUUGACAUAGAGCCUGGCACCUCAAGCAGCUCCAGUGAAUCCGGAGAAGAGAUCGACUACAGCACAGUACCCUACAACAAGAAUUGGGAGGUGGAGAUGCUGGCUGAACAGCUAGACCAGAGAGCCAAUGAGCCUCAGCCCGGCACCAGCGGCGUCAAUGUCAGGAAACGCCACAGUUUCAGCGGUCACCGAACUCCACACGAAGACCUGAGAAGCAAGAAGAAACCGCUGCAGACAACUAAGUCUCUGGAUGAAUGCAAUGACGGCUCUGGAAGGUUUUCCUCCCUCUACCGCAGCAUGUCCAUAGGCAAUCUCCAUUCCACCCUCAUGAAAAAUCUGGGCAGCUUCAUCUGGGGCAAUGAAGACAGCACUUCGCAAGACACCAUACCCACCAUCUCUCAAACCUGUCCUUCUCACAGCACUUCACCACCACCUGACAUUUAAAUGAGCUCUUGCUCAUCUAUUAUUUUAUUUUAAAUUUUAUAAAUUGAUAGGCCUAAAAUAAUUUGAAACGUGAAAAGUCCCUAGAGAUACUCGACUAUUUUGUUAACACAAGUAGAAUUUCGAGAACUAAGAAUAGAUGUAAAUUUGGAGAAAAGUGGAAAAUAAUGAUAGUUUUUUAUCGGGGGAAAGAGAGUGGGUGAUACAGAGUGAGAAAGCAUUAUAUACGAUCUAUAGAAUUUGUGCUUGUAUAAUCUAAUGUAGCCUAAUUUAUGUGAAAAUGUGUAUUUCUAACUUUUGUAUUCUGACAUUCAUGUAGGUUCAACUCUUAAAAAUUAGAAAUGUGAAGCAUUUGUGAGUGACAGCGCACAAUCAUUUAUAUUGGAUCAUAACAGGUGCGGCAUGCAUGCUUUUUCAACUAUUUCGACUGAAACAAUUAUUGUAUUAUCCGAUGUGCCAAAACAAUAGUGCCAUUUAUCAACUAUGUAUGUAAUCAUUUUUUAAUUCUAUCAGUAAUGAAAUAGAGGGUGGUGGCGUGUAACAACUGAAACCCGCGCGUUUCUAUCCAGGCAACAAAUCAUUCUAUUCAUUUAUUCUAUUAUUAGUUCUAGUCUGCUGUAAUCUCAUUCCUAGAAAAGGGAGUAGAGAGUGGCUCUGUUUUUGUUCAAGUCAUCAAGAUCAGAUGAAUUAUUAUAAUUAUUGUCACUAUUUAUACAUAAUAAUUUAUAAAUUUAUCAGCAACGAUCAAGAAUUUUCUAUUAUGAUUCACUUUCAUUCAGAGGACCACUAUGGCACGUUUCAAAGACUAGUUUGUAGUUUGAUUCUAGACCAGAGGUGGCAACAGAGGCUUUUGCGGGAUACGUUCGGCUCAAGAAAUUGGAUAAUUAUAUUGGAAACAUUCAAAAAUACAAAAAAAGCAAGUUGUAAAUCUUCCAGAACCUAAACCUCUACAACAAAAAUGGUUUUCGAAUUUUCUUCUUGAAAGCUAGAAGGGAUCAAAACAGUAGACUGAGAAGAGAGUCCUCAAUGUAAAGAGAAAACCUCUACUUUGUUUUCAUAAUUCAAUAUCAAUUCUAUAUAUCAUAGUUUAUAUUGUUAGUGAUAGUAACGUUUUCACAGGGUUAUUCGUGUUCUUUUUUUUUUGAAGAGAAAGUAAGAAGAUGAAUUGGCUUUUUUUAUUGGUCACACGCUCUAGACUACUUUUCAUAAUAGUUAUUAUCAAAGGUUCUAUCGAGGUAAUAGUGGUGUUAAUCUCCUAAAAUAAAAAGGAUUAGUUGACAUCAAGUAAAGUUUCAUGAAGUUACGAGGGCAGUCGGAAAAGUUUCCAUGGAGAUAGCAACUCUCGUGAACAAGAGCUAGUGCCGACUAUUUAUUCCUGGCUAUCCUAGUGACUCAUUUACGCUCCUCUCUGACAUUCAGCCCAAUCGUGGCACUGCGUCUCAUGACGUCAUGAGUUCACACUCCAAAUACCACUCCAUUGAAAUGUUCAUCUUUCCUCACAUCUGCCUGCCGAGCAUGCAACUCCCCCCCCGUAUCACCAAAUUUAAUCCAAUCAAUUGACUACUUGUUCAAACAUCUAGUUUCAAGGUUUUAAGGGUGACUAAGUUAUUGUCCAGUUCAUUUCAACUCAAAUGUUAUUCCUUUGCGUCCCAUUCAUCAUUAUUCACUCAAAUAUUUUACUUCAUAUUUUUAUUUUCCAUUUAUUCAUGUUAUUUUCUCUCAUUUCUAACAACUCUUUAUUUUGCCGAGGAGCUGCCGGACGAGAAUAGCAGACCUAGCGUCCUAAGAACCCAAGGUGCUAGAGUGGUAGAACCCCACCGAAAAUCCGGGUUCCUUUAUAUCCUUAAUCCUUUAUAUUACACAUCCUUGUUGUCUCACCUAUCCUCACAAUCCUUCCACUUUAACCUUUGACCUAGCACAUUCCCUCAAAACACAUAGGCCUACCGUACUAUAUCAUUUUAUUUAUAUUUUAUUAUUCUUACCCCAUUUCUCUGGUUUUGAAUUAUGUAACUCAAUAAUUAUUAAUGAUCAUUUUUAUUCAUCCAAGGGAUUAUUUUCUCAUCACUUUUAUUUUUUUCACUUCCCUCUGACUCAUGUCAAUUCAAAUAUAUUUUAUUAUUCUCACCCCAUUUCUCUGGUUUUGAAUUAUGUAACUCAAUAAUUAUUAAUGAUCAUUUUUAUUCUUCCAAGGGAUUAUUUUCUCAUCACUUUUAUUUUUUUCACUUCCCUCUGACUCAUGUCAAUUCAAAUAUAUUUUAUUAUUCUCACCCCAUUUCUCUGGUUUUGAAUUAUGUAACUCAAUAAUUAUUAAUGAUCAUUUUUAUUCAUCCAAGGGAUUAUUUCCUCAUUACUUUUAUAUUUUUCACUUCCCUCUAACUCACGUCAAUUCAAAUGAUUGUAUCACUUAAUCCGAUAUGAUUCAAUAAAAAACUCUAGUGCCUGGCAACAAGCUAUUAGUUCUUUAUUCCUUAUUCUUCAUUCAUUUAUACAAUAAGAACAUUCUCAAAAUGAUAGAGAGAGGAAAAAUAAGGUAACCUUGUGCUAUUCCUCUUCCAAAUUUAGAUAACACAU